CGUCGGUAUCAACGUUUGAUCAUCGAUGUUUGACAAUAACGAGUCCUCCUCUUGCCUUAUAAUCCUUGACAAAACCACACUCCUUCAAAAACCAAAACAAUAAACAUAACCUCAAUUUUUUUCCUAAAAAAAAACAAGCACCGUCUUUUUCAAUCAUUUUAUUAUUUAAACAAAUACAUCUUUAUAAUAAUUAACAAAAGCUUAUUAUAAAAUGAAAUCAAUUGUGCAUGCUGACAAAGUUUUGCAAGGGGUCACAGUAAUAAUUGAAGACCUGAAAUCUCAUCCGAAAUGCCCCCACGGACCCACUUUGCUAUUUUCCAGAGAAAAUCAAAGGAAAUUUUACGCGUGUGCCGCUUGCAGAGAUCGGAAAUUGUGCAGCUUUUUUUUGUGGCAAGACGAACUGAAUAAACUGUCCCAGUCUAAGCUGGAAGUCUGGGAAAAGGAACGGAAAAAGUUUCUUAAAGGGAUCAAUCAUAAAAAGCGAUUCAUUAUGUUAAAUAAGAUCAAAGCAUUAUUGCCAAAUAAACGCACAUUUUGUCAAACAUGUUCAAUGUUUACAUUAGAACAUGAAAACAAACAUGUUGAGCAUUCACUUUUGUCUAAUAUAACAGACUAUCAGCUGGAACAUCCUUCUGAAAUUAUGCCAGCGUUGGAAAAUGCUAAAAAAGAAGCUCAGUAUUUAUUUUCAAAAGAAUCUGUUCAGUUUAUUGUUAAUACUUUUCUAGAAUUAAAAUACAAACAUGUCAUUUGCAUAGGAACUCCUAGAAUCCAUGAAUACAUUCAAUCCAAUGUAAAAACUUUGUCUAGUAUUUUAUUAGACAUUGAUGAUAGAUUCCACAAUUUCUUUGGGCCUUUAGACUUUUGCUGGUACAACUCUUUCAACAAUCACUUCUUUUUCGAAGAAGCCAAACAAGUGUUUGAAGAUUUUUUAAAAGGAACCAACAACAAAGACACAGUACUAAUCACAGAUCCACCUUUUGGCGGUAGAAUUGAGCCACUGGCUCAAACCUUUUCAGCCAUAAGCGCUCAAUAUGGCAAAAACAAAUUGCCAAUGUUUUGGAUUUUUCCUUAUUUUAUGGAGCCUCAAAUUUUGAAUUCGUUUAGUGAUUUUCAGAUGUUGGACUAUAAAGUGCUCUACGAUAAUCAUUCUUUGUUUCAAAACGGACCUAAAGGUCGCAAACAAGGUUCACCUGUAAGAAUUUUCACUAAUAUUAGUCCAAGCCUGAUAAAAUUACCAAACGAUUUAUACAAGUUUUGCCAAGAUUGUAAUAAAUGGGUCUCCAAUGAAAAUAAACAUUGUAAAGUUUGUCAGGAUUGUACUUCUAAAAAUGGCCAAACUUAUGCGCAUUGUAAUAAGUGUCGGAGGUGUGUCAAGCCUAAUUGGCAACACUGUUUCAAAUGCAAUAGAUGCGCUCAACAGGAUCAUAAGUGCGGCAAUAUUUUGUUUAGCGGAGUUUGUUUGAAUUGUAACAAAAAGGGCCACAAGAAGUUACAGUGUCCUUUACUGAAUAACACAAAGAAAAGGAAAAGUAAAUUCAAACAAGCUGCAAAUAAAAAGUUGAAGCAUUGAAUUUGCAGUUUUGAUUGACUCCGUUUUAAAUUAUAUUUGAUGUACUACAAAAUAGCCUAUCCUCAUAAGGCCUGUGUGGAUCAAAUCUGAAGCCCCCACCACGCCAAAUCACCAAUUGUGACGUAGCAGCAUAUCCUUUCUCGCCAUGACAUAGGCUUUUUGUUAUGAUUCCGCGGGUUUUUGCUUUAUUCAAACUUAGUUUUACUACAUUAAUUAACUUUUUUUUUUAGUUCUCAGUUUUUUUUUCUAGAUCUCCUUUUCAUCUUCCUCUUUGCCUAUUAUUCAAAAUAAAUAAUAUUUUUCAUCAU